AAAGCAGAACCAGGGUCGUGCUCAGGUUGCUAGAGGUACCAGGUGAUUGUUUCAAAUGGAAAAAUACGUGACACCGAAUUUGUUGCUGGAUACUAGAAUUUCACACCGAUAAUUCUUCGAAGGGUGCUCUAGAAUAUCAUCUGAACGAAAAAUUUUACAAUGACGAAAAUCGACGUAGACGAAAUCGUUCAGGACCACAGAUAUCUCCCAGGAUGGUCCGAAACCAACAGAACUGGUGGAGUACACCAUCAUCUGCCGAUAAAUAUGCAGUUCAAUGAUGGACACAGACUCUCAAUUACUGUAUAUAGUAUUUUGAUGGUGUUUUCAGCCAUCGCUAAUAUAACUGUGCUAGUGUUGAUUGUGAAAAGACGCAGGAAGAAUCCAUCCAGGAUAAAUGUGAUGCUGACGCAUCUGUCGAUAGCUGAUUUGUUGGUGACGUUUCUCAUGAUGCCAAUGGAAAUAGGAUGGGCGUGGACCGUUCAGUGGAAAGCAGGAGACGCCAUGUGUCGAAUAAUGAUGUUUUUCCGGACGUUCGGUCUGUAUUUGUCCAGUUUUGUACUGAUCUGUAUCAGCGUUGACAGAUUUCAUGCUGUAUUGAAACCUCUUAGUAUGGGAGUGUGGAGAGGAAAAUUAAUGAUUUUGAUAGCGUGGAUAGCGGCAUGUUUGUGUAGUAUUCCUCAGAUGAUUAUUUUUCACGUAGAAAACCAUCCCAACAUUACAGAUUACAUCCAGUGCGUGACAUACAACGUUUUUCCUACCCCUACCCACGAAAUGUUAUACACGGUAACUGGUAUGAUUCUGAUGUACGUGUUGCCUUUGAUAGUGAUAAUUUUCUGCUACGGAUCCAUUCUCCUGGAGAUCUUCAGGCGGACGAGGAAUCCACUUGGAGCUGAUAGUAUAACUAGAUCAAGUCUGCCGUUCCUUGGAAAAGCUAAGAUCAGGACACUGAAAAUGACGAUAAUAAUCGUUUUCGUCUUUUUCGUGUGUUGGACUCCAUAUCAAGUGAUGAGUAUUUGGUGA